UUCUUUCGCUACUACUACCCCAAAACAAAACCGGACAAUUUACAAAUUGUGGAAUGAGAAUGGCACCAACAGCAAGACAAGUGAGGCAAAGGGCAAGUAGUAAAUUGACCCAUCAAACAAACAAAAACCCAUGUAGUAGAGAGAGCACUGCCACACUACACUGUGUAUAUAGUAUGUAAACUCCUCCCAACAGACAAACACAAUACUCAAUUAUUUGUGUCCAUCUUCUUCCCAUAUUGUUCUUGUUCUUGUGUGUCAGUGUUUGCGUGUGUGUGUGUGUGUGUGUGUGUGUGUGUGUGUGUGUGUGUGUGUGUGUGUUUGUGUUUGUGUUGGGUGGUGGUUUAGCACUUGAACUUGAAGAUGCCACGUCCAGGGCCAAGGCCUUACGAGUGCGUGAGGAGAGCUUGGCACAGCGAGCGCCACCAACCCGUGAGAGGUUCCAUCAUUCAGCAGAUUUUCAGGGUCGUGAGUGACGCUCACAGUCCCGCAACUAAGAAGAACAAGGAAUGGCAAGAGAAGCUGCCUGUUGUUGUUCUCAAAGCCGAAGAAAUCAUGUACUCCAAAGCAAAUUCCGAGGUAGAGUACUUGAAUCCUGAUACACUUUGGGAACGCCUCAAUGAUGCCGUUAACACAAUCAUCCGGAGGGAUGAGACCACAGAGACUGGAGACCUCUUGCCCCCAUGUGUUGAAGCUGCACUUAACCUGGGAUGCAAACCUGUAAGAACUUCAAGAAGUGAUCGGCACAAUAACCCCAGGACAUAUCUUGCCCCAAGAUCUCAACAACCUCCUUCUGGGUCUCCUAAACCUGUUGGGGGGAAUCCCUUAAACUAUACAAAAGUCACAUCUGCUACUGUUUCACAAAUGCCUGUAUCAGAAUCUAGGCAGCAUACCCACCAAAUCCCAGACAGUUUCCCUUCUGGUUAUCACCAGCCAUUGUCAAUGGAAGCUAAAUUCGCAUUGAACAUGGGUUCAGUUUACCCGUUGUACUAUGGUUAUGAAGUCAGAGAGCCUCAACUAAGGACGACCACCCUAGAUAACGCAGGUUCUGACACAAUAUUUGUUGGCAGACCUGUCAUUACUCCAGUCCCCGAGCCAUCUGGAAUUGGUCUAUUGGAAAACUUCUCCCAUGGUAGAUUCCAUCAUGUUGCAAACAAAAUUGCAGAAGAAACUGCACUUGGCAUUCAGGAGGACUCACGAGAUACUGGAUGCGAUUUAUCUUUGAGGUUGGGUCAAUAUUUGCAUCCGUGUUCCAGCAGCAAAAGUAGUUCAGUAUAUGAAAUAGAUAAUGUUGGUUUAGGAGUUUCUCAGGAGGGCAACAAGUUUAGUCAUCUAUAUUUGCAGAAAAACAAAGAGUUCUGUUUUUACCCGGGAGAGACAGGUUAUGGUACCAUUCACUCCAAUUCUACUAAAAGUAAUGUAGAGGGUGAAGAUCCGAACUUAGAAGCAACUUUUGGGAAGCGCAAAGCACCUUCAGGUAACAAUGAGGAGGAUGGGAAAUUUUGCCGGCAACUAGGGGUCCCAUCCAAUCGUUUUACUGGCAGGCCAGGUUCGUAGACAGUCUUUCUUGUGGUAUCAUAUAUGCAUUUGCAAAUCAAAAAUGUCCGAAA